AUAUUAAAAAAAAAUCGAACCAAAUCAAACAAAAUGGCCGAUGUUCUUUGAAAUAAUUUUAUAGAAAUUUUAUUGGAUUUAUUAAAAUCUUACAAAAGCACAUAAAAUGUCUAAAAGAGAACAAAGUGAUCGAAACGAGAGGAAGUUGGAAUCUACAAGCGAUUAUGAAAGUCUCAUAUCCCAACACAGUAUAUUUGAGUCAGCCAGAUCUAAACAUCAAGAAUUGCCAAGUUUCCCUGGCUUCUCCAAUGCAGAAACACAAACAAAGACAAGUGACAUAAAGAGUCAGGGAGUGCAGCCUGGGUUAGGAGCUUGGCACUACAACCCCUGGUGGAUGCUAGCUAGCACAUCCCGCAACAUCCCUUCUCAAGAUGACUUUGCGGAGAACAGUGACCAAGCUAAAGUAAAGCAGGAACCCCCUGGUGCAGGUACUCCAGACCAUGAUCCUCUACAGACUGACCCUGACCACUACACCACAGGUGCAGCAACCCCUCCCGCAGGGUUGGACUCAUUCUGUGAUGACUGUUCUGAUCCAUUCUGCGACUCCAGUGCAGCAAUCUGCCGUAAACUCUUCCAUUGUCCACAUUGUAGAAAAAGCUACCCCACUAUUUUAGAGUUCAAUACACAUUUAACAGGAGUGCAUCCAGCACAAAAACCUUUCAGGUGCCAAAUCUGUUUGGAACCAUUCAAUAAGAAAUCAUACCUGAGAAGACACUUAGAUGCAAGCCAUACUCGCAAGGAUGUAAAUAAGUGUUCAGUGUGUUCAAAAUACAUUAAAGAUAAGAGUAACUUACGCAAGCACAUGCAAGUCCACACAGGACGCGUGCCACAGAAGCAGUUCAAGUGUGACCUAUGCAAUAAUAAGCGCUACAUGUCACUAGACCGCCUCAACAACCAUAAAGUGGUGUGUACUGGAGAAAAGGUGCUCAAGUACUGUGACAUGUGCACCAAAGUUUUUGACAAUUCCAGGUCUUUGAAUAGUCACAAGAAAGUUCAUGCCAGAGAACUAAAGUGUGACAACUGUGGUGAACAACUCCGUUCAUUAGAACAAUUUACAAACCAUAAGAUGAUUUGUCAAGGAGCAUCUGAAGCCAGUGGCAGUCAGUCAGGCUCCACUGGCUCGGUCGGUGUAGGCAUGAACCGGUGCUGUACUCAGCCAGGUCUGUGCGAGCAUGACAAGCCUGCCUACCUGAACAUACCAGGCUAUGCUGCGGGCAGGGUGCUCGAUGCAACACUCACAUCUCUGAAAUCUGAGCUGAACUGAUGUCAAAUGAUGCAAAGAUUAUACAAAGUAACUUAAUAUGAAAAUUUAAAACAUUUCUGUUUUUACAAUAUUACCAAAUAGUUAUCAAUGACAGUAAUAAUUUCACAAUUGAGAAUUUCACAAGACUGAUGCAAAUAUCCCGCCUCACGACUUGCUUUAUUAUUACCAUUUAAAUUAAGACUUAAGUUUGUAGGUUAAUAUGGUUAGUAUAAGCUGCAUAGCUAUUUGAUCAUGUUCAAGCAUACAUGGAGAACUAAAUUCAACACUCCAAGGGAGCCUUCUAUUACAUUACAAAACAAUUGAAUUUAGAUCUGCAUUACAUUUGAAUAUGUCCAAAUUGUUGUCCGCCUUUAAUGAUUAACUUAAAAUUUUACACUUGUAUAAAAUUAUUCCACCAAAUCAGCUUUACUGAUUAGAAACCAGACCAGACAUGCAAUACUUGUAAAAUGAUAUAACAGAUAUAUUUUUUGUUAUUUGACUAUAACAAUGCCUUGACUGAUUUAGAUUAAUAUUAAUGUGCAGUAUUACAUUAAACAUUUUUUAUUUUUCUAUUUGGAAAAGUUGUAAGAGCUAUAUUAUUUUUAUAAUUUUUAGGACAUAUUUAGAGUGUCUAAGAGGCAGUCUAUGGAGGCUGUACCUAGAGCACAUUCUGUUUUCCAGUGCUCUCAUGUACUUUAAACUCCAAAGACAAUGUUUUAAAUGUAGUUUCAUAUGCAUAUUAGGUGUGUAAUUCAAAAAUUUUCUAAAGACAACUUUACAUGUGACUUUUUGUUUCAUCACAGCCUUUAGUAUAAGUGAGUUUGUAAAGUGCAAUGAACCAUUGGCUAAGCCUUGAGCAUGUUGUGGUUAUGGGAAAUAUUGUUGUGUUCUCCUUACCCAAAAUAUUUAUUCUUGAAGUGUUAUACACUAAAAUUUAUUGCUGCAAAUUAUAGGAUUAAUACUUUGAGUAUAUUAUAUCAAAUAUAUAAAAGUGUAAUGUGGAUUGUACAUGUGUGUACCUCACAUUUAUAUAGUAUAGGAAACGUGAGGCUAAUAAGAAACUAGCCUAGCCUUUUAUUACGCAUACAUAUACUAUCAGCAAAUAGUAGUUAUUUUUACUCUUAAAUUUUAUCCUAAAGUAUCAUUUUGUUGGUUUGAACAUUGAAGUAAUUGAGAAGGUUGUAUGUACACCUUAUAGCACAAUAUUUAUUGGCCACCUAGCUGUUAUUUCAAAUGGUUUGCUAUGCCGCCUUCUGCCUACAUUCAUUUAAAAUUAAAAACAUUUCAUUCUUCAUUUUUAAUUAAUGUUAAAUUAAAAGUUUUAAAUGUACCGGUGAUUGCCUUCAUUGUUCACACCAACUCAGUGGAGUUAUUAUAAUGUAAUCGUACAUAACAUUACUUCUUAUUUUAUUUAUUUUCUUAUAUUCGUGUUAUUUCUACAGAUUGAGAAAUUGUCUAUAUGGAGGCUUUUAUUCAUAAUUAUUAGUUGUUGCUAUUUACAAUUGUUUUAACUUUAGCAUGGUUUAUUUUUAUAACAUAGAUUUAGUUAAUUAGAUUAUUAUAUUUUCAUUACAUAUAAGUUAUUGAGAGGACUUGUGCUUAUUUUGCAAAGAACCAAAAUUGUUAUAUUCAUAUCAUUUAAUUUACUUUUCACUGCAUGGCAUAAUCAUUUAAUUUUGGAACUGAUGUCUAUGUUCAAUUUGUUCCAUAAUUAUUGAGCUUAGGGUUCGAUAUCAAUUCCAAACUACCAGCAUGCUGUAGCUGGAAUGACAAAAAAUCAGUUUGCAUGGCGAUUAUGACAAUAAUGCAAAAGUUUCAAAUUGCCGCCAAUAUACCCAGCUAUAAUUACUUUACAAAAACUAAAUAGAAAGUCAUACAAACCUUACCGUACCUUUAUUAAUCCCAUCGAUAGCAAUAUGACUACUAAAGUUUAUAUAAUCUUGUAGGAUUGUAAAAACUUAUUUUUAGUCGAUUAUAACCACCAAGAAUCUGUUAAUUGAUCUAGAACUAUUUUAGUUUGUGGUCUGUAAGUUAUUAGUAAGUCCUCUACGUUAUUUUAGUAUCGCACGAUUUGUCUUUCGCCGAACUCGUCAUUACAAGUUUAAAGAGACUGUUGCUUAAUACUUUGUAUUUUUGUUUUAUGACUUGCAUUUGAAAUUAAAUUGUAAGAAAUUACUUAGAUACUUUAAAUUCGAAAAUUGUGUAAUGACGAGUCCAUAAUAUAAACACGUCAAUAAAUAACUAUUUACCUGUUUAAUUUGUUAAGUUAAAUUAUGUUUGUAUAUCUAAUUUCAUCACAUUAAAGUUUUACUCGCAAAGCGAUUAUGUUGCUGUUGAUUUUGUGUUGCUUCGAUGUUGUAAAUGUCAAGUAAAGAUGGUGUUCAAAGAUGUAUUUUUUAAAUUAGUACAGUAUCUUGGUCUUGUUUUUAAAGGGGCAAUGUAAGGGGCUUGCUCUAUCAGUCGGCGUUGACUGACGACUAUAGGUGCUUAUCAUAGUUUAAAUCUAUGAUAAUUAACCAAAACUAAUGCCUGUAUUUAUCACAAGUAAGUACUUACUGAACCAUUAAUAGUCCCAAGAUUUCAUCUCAUGCCAAAAAAAUAUUUAAAUGCCAUUGUCUGAACCGCCUAAAUAUUUAUUUGUUUGAGACUGACAAAUAAUUUAUCAUUGAAUGCCAUCUUAGACUUCUUAAAACGUAACACCAACUACUAUACUAGUAACUUAUUUGCUUUGCAUCGAUAUUAACGUUUUGAAAUUUACUUAAAAAUAAUACCAAUAUUUUUCAUCAUCUCCGUAGUUUUUUAGCAUGGUGUGUACCUUUUAAUGCACCUAGGUUUAAGAAAAAAUGUGUUCAUAUGAAUUUAGUUACAUAGAGUAUAGUUUAUCUUUAGUGCAGUAGACUGUAAAACAGUGUAAUUUCCGCUAUUUUUCACCGAACUAUAUUAUAAAACAGGAAUUUAUAGCGUGCCUGUGAUGAUACCGCACCGAAUCGCAAUUAUAUACUUCCAUUGUGUAAGAGGGCUUGCGCACUAGUUAGCCUGUUACGACCGUCUAGUAACUUUUACGACUACUAGGCACGACCAAACGACGCCACCGCUAAGUGCGCUAUAAAUUAUAUUAUAAUGCUGGUCGCUAGACAAAGCAACGCUAGCGCGCAGACUCCCUAAAAAGCCAAAUUUUGUAACAUUAAUGCUAGGUACUCUAGAACUGAGCAAGCAACCGCCUGUUACCUACCGUUGGUUUUGCUUUAUAUACGGUAUUAGGACUAGCAACGGAAGUAUUAUUAUAAUACAAAAAUAGCUACACAUACCUAUCUAUCAUGAAUAAACAAUGUUUCAUUUCCGUUA